AUGUCAUCAAAAAAUUAUGGACAAAAAACUUGCGAAACGCCGCAAAUUCCAAAAUUUUGCUCUGAUUGUGAAGAAAUGAGCGAUUCUGUCAAACUUUUUUCUAGUAAAAAUACGAUUUAUCAAAAAUUUUCUUUAGAAAACUUACACAAAUUGGUAACUUUUACAACUCAAUAUUGGAAUAACAAUAAUGAAUAUUCAUCUUCUAUCAAAAAUAUCGACAACGAAAGUAAUGAUAAAUGUUCAUUGACUAUAUUUACAAUUUAUAAUGGCAAGAGCGAUUAG